UUUUUGGCGGGUCGGUCGGGUGAGGGCAAACAAACAAUAUUUUAUUAUGGCCUAAUAUACUCACACAUUUUUGUUUCUCGUGGUUUUAGCUGUGUAAUGUGGGAGCUCUUGCCGGCUGUUGCUCUAUCGCAAAUAUGCAGCCUCUUGGAUUCGGCCACACUUGUUCUCGCAUCGGAAGUAUCGCCAGUGUGGCGCUACUGCAUCUCCAGUGAAAGGUACUGGCGCAGCUUCUACUACGACUGCAGUGCCGUGAACAACCUCGUGCGCAAGCACCAUCGCGGCUACGACUGGGACGUGUACCACCGCCGCCUCGUCGCCUUCAUCGCCGACUACGCGCACUGCAUCCGCGUCGUCGUCGUGCGCGACGUCGACUCACUCGCAGACGUCGAGACGGUCGCCCAGCUCGCCGAGUGCUGCCACGCGCUCUCCUGCUUCGAGGUGUCGGCGGCGGAGGCGACUCUGCGCGGCGCCCGUCUACGCGAGCUGCAGAGCUCGCUGUGGGAGGUGUGCGCGCGCAACGCGGGCCUGACGCGCGUCAGCGUGCGCAACGUCAACCUGACGCGCGAACCGUGCCUCAACCGCCUGCAGGUGUUCAGCAUCUUCGGGCCGGGGCAGGCGCAGCGGCUCGUCGAGCUCGAGGUCGUGACCCCGUCGGACGGCGAGCGCGACGCGCGCUGCCCGCGGCACGUGCCCGCGCUCAGCAUGAGCAGCCUGAAGAAUCUCGCGCAGCUGCGGCGCGUCACGACGACGCCGCACGACGUCGACAUCAGCACGGUGCGCCACCUGGCGGGGCGCUCGCUGCGCCACGUCGUGCUGCUGUGCAGAGAGCAGGAGCUCGAGCGCGUGUCCGAGAGCAGGCAGGUGGCCGCGAUGAGGGAGUGCGUCGACGUCUCUUUCCUGCUUGUCAUCUAA